CAUGAGCCGUGGCGAGCGGGAGGCUGCCGCGUGACAUGGCCUCUGCCGCAUACGGCGCCCUCAGUGCGGUGGGCGCGGACGUGAGUGUGUCCAGUGGUGCCGAGACCAUGCUCAACUCGCCCGGAUACGUGAUGCGCGACGGCUCGGAGAUGAAGUACAUGCCGCACCCGCAGCAGAGCGCGAUGCCGCACAAUCCGUGGGCGUUCGCGCCGCAGGCCGACCCGGGACACUGGGCGACGGCCAUGCACCCGCACGUGGGACUGCACCAGGACGUGAAGCCUCAGCCAGGUGAGAUGCUGCACCACGGCCGGGUGCCUCAGCACGCGGCGCCGCACGCCUGGCACCCUCCGGUCUCCUCACCGUACAUCGGCAGCACGCCCAACGGCGUCGGCGGCCACCUGCAGCACCCGGCCUACGCCAUGAACGGUAUGAUGCCCCACCAGCUGCCGCACCUGGGCGGCCGCGACCCGCACGAGCUGAUGGGCGCCCAGGGUGAGCACAGCCAGGAGAUCGAGGAGGACCCGCCCUCCUCCGACGACCUGGAGGUGUUCGCCAAACAGUUCAAACAGCGCCGCAUCAAACUCGGCUUCACGCAGGCCGACGUCGGCCUGGCGCUGGGAACCCUGUACGGUAACGUCUUCAGCCAGACCACCAUCUGCCGCUUCGAGGCGCUGCAGCUCAGCUUCAAGAACAUGUGCAAGCUGAAGCCGCUGCUGCAGAAGUGGCUGGAGGAGGCCGACUCGACCACCGGCUCGGCCACCUCCAUCGACAAGCUGGCCGCGCAGGGGCGGAAACGCAAGAAGCGCACCAGUAUCGAGGUGUCGGUGAAGUCGCUGCUGGAGCAGCACUUUCUGAAGCAGCCGAAGCCGGCGGCGCCCGAGAUCUCUGGCCUGGCCGACUCACUGCAGCUGGAGAAGGAGGUGGUGCGCGUCUGGUUCUGCAACCGCCGCCAGAAGGAGAAGCGCAUGACGCCGCCCGUGAUCGGACCCAACUACGAGAACGGCGACACCAGCUCACCGCAGUCCUACGUCUCGCAGUCCGAGCUGCAGCACAUGCAGCAGCAGCAGCAACAGCAGCAGCAGCAGCACCCAGCAGCAGCAGCAGCAGCAGCAGCAGCAGCAGCCGGCGCCGCACGGCAGCGGCCAGCAGGGCCCGCCGCCGCCGCACGGCCAGCCUCCCCUGGGGCCUCCCCACUACCACCACCAGCGGCGGAUGGACUCGAUGCAGGGCUCGCCACCCACCCACCUGGCGCAAAGCCACAGCCCGUCGAUGCUGUCGCCGCCGCAGCAGCAGUCGACGGCGUCAUCGCUGCCGCCGCACUCGCAGGGCCUGGCGGCGCACUGACUAGGCCCGGUCGCAGCGAGAGAGACGCUCACCCCGCCCCCCAGUGAUCAUAGAGCCAUACAAAGACUAUACUGUGCCGGACGCCAGCACUGAGUCAGCGCCGUGGCCAGCUGUGUGUGUAUAUAGACGGAGAGCCGCCGCCGCUGCUGCUGCCGCUGAACGGAGAGGCGCGCGGCGCCGACGGCGGGUGUGUGCGUGUGUGCGUGUGCGCGUGUGGGGCCGCCCGCGCCGGCGCCUCCUCACCGCGGUGCAUCAAAAGCCGUCGCCGGCACCGGAGAGCUCGGUAAGCAGGUAGAUCGGAAUUCUCUCUCUGUCUCUGUCUGCUCUCUCUGUCCUGUGGCGGCGGCGCGGCGGCGGCGGCGGCGGCGGCGGCCGGGAUCCCCGGUCGGCCGCCGCGGCCGGUCCGCCCGCCAAGGCCGCCCCAUAAAAAGCGGCUCGGUGCUGGCCGCGCUGCCGGCCGCCGCGUCUCGGCUCCGUCUCCCGCUCAGUCCGGUCUGAUGCCGUGCUCUCGGUCCGGGCCGCCGUCCCCUCAGUUGUACGGAGCUUAUUCGUUGUUAGUUUGGCGGCGCCGCCGCGCCCAGCCCGGCCGGUCCCGGUCGCGGUUUGUGAUAGAGCCCGCGGCCACUGAGAGCGCGCCAGCGAGCGAGUCUCAUAAGGAAUACCUCUAAUGUUUGCAUUUUGUGUACUUGCGACCGCUGCGCCUGGCUCUGCGGACCGUGGCGUUGGCCGGGUCAGGUCAGGCCAGAUCAGGUCGGGCGGGGUCGGGACGGAGACUGCUAGAUCUCCGUCGACACGACCCCGCCCGCCGGUCGCUGCAGCCACAGCCAUCGGUGUACUGUCAUCCAACUGCCGCGCUCGACUUUUUCAUAGAAACUAAGCUGAAAUUUAUGGCCGACUCGAUAGACAGUAUCUUACCAGGUCUAUUCGUAUGUGCACUUUGCCGUAUUACUUAUUUCAUAAAGCAUUUUAUUUACGGUGUGCUAAAAGUUCGCUUCUUCAGUUUAAUCUGAUUUCGAAAUCAUUUUAAAUUGCUUAUACAACAACCAGCUUAUACCAAUUAUUAUCUGGUAUUCAAAAUUGUGUUGUCUUGCACUAAUGCUACCUUGAAUAAUGAAUAGCUGGGAGGUAUAUGGUGUCUUGCAAUUUGGUAUCUUAUGCGAAGAAAUUAAAAGUUUUUUAUGUCUAGCGAGUAACGCUGUCACAUUUUGACCUUUAACAAUGGUCGUUAACAAGGAACGCCAAAUUCCAGGAAAUGCUAAAUCAAGGCACUAACAACACAAAUAAUAGAAUAAUGUUCACUACAAUGUGUAGCAUUUGCAGUUAAUUCGUUUGCAUGUGGCAUUAUUAAGUCAAGCAAGCACCUGUACUGCUUCGCAGCUCACUCCUCACCUCUGUCAAAAAGUACACCUAGGCACUUGGCUAGAUCUUGUUGUAUGGGACUGUUUGGUAAUUGUAAAUUGAGUGCCAAAUCGCUUUGUAGUAAUGUUGUCGUUAUAAUUGGUAUUUAUUCAUUUAGUUUUCUGCCUUAUUGCUGUUUUCUGAAAUGUCUGCUUCAAAUUUCAUAUGCUCAACAUUGAUAGAGUACAAUGGUCGUAUAUAUUUUCCAUACGCAUACAUUCCGUUGUAAAAAAGAUGUUUCGUAACAUUUAAACGUGCACUCUUUGCAUUAACCAAUCAAAAUGCUAGGUGACAGUAAUGUUUAAUUAACUAUCGGUCGCUAUAGUCAUGCUUAAUAUGGAUAUACCAUGUGGAUGAUACCGAUUACAGUGUUGCAAUUAUUUGUUUUUGUUAAUGUGUAUUGCCAUGCUUUUGAGAAGUGUGGCUUCUCUUCAUCUACGCUCUUGUUGAUGUCAUGUCUGUUCGCGUGUCCAGGCAUCGAGAGACAAUGUGUAAAAUAAAUCCCGUUUGCCAUA